AUGAAGGCAACUGUCUUAUAUUUGAAUUACAAGCAAACGCGAUGGAGGUUCGACAGCUCCUUGCUCUGUUCCUGUGUGUCCUACCCUUGUCAGCAUCGCAGCGUCCUAACAUUGUGUUUAUUGUGGCAGAUGACUUAGGUUGGAAUGACGUUGGUUUCCGCAAUCCUGACAUGAAGACGCCAAACAUCGACAAACUGGCCACAGAAGGAAUCAUCUUCGAGAAUGCAUAUGUUCAGCCUCUGUGUACCCCAUCCCGCACCGCCUUCAUGAGUGGAAUGUAUCCUUUCCAUGCAGGCACGCAGCAUGCGACAAUUCUCCAUGCUCAACCAGUGUGUGUGCCCCUCAACUAUACAUUCCUGCCCCAGGAACUAAAGAGACUCGGUUAUGCUACACACAUGAUCGGAAAAUGGCACCUGGGUUUCUGCAAGUGGGAGUGCACCCCAACGUACCGAGGCUUCGAUACUUUCUUUGGGUAUUAUAAUGGGGCUGAAGACUAUUUCAAUCACUCUGUCGGCGGGUAUCUUGACUACAGGGACAAUGAGCUUCCCGCACGAAACUAUUCUGGGGAAUAUUCUGCUUUCACGUUCGCCCAAAGAGCCGUUGACAUCAUCCAUCGACAUAAUGUAUCACAACCUCUGUUUAUGUACCUCCCUUAUCAGAAUGUACAUGGUCCUAUUGAGGUGCCUAAGAAGUACGAGGAUAUGUAUCCAAACGUCUAUAACGACGGAAGAAGAAGGUACAAUGGAAUGGUGUCUGCCCUGGAUGAAGCGGUUGGAAAUGUUACCAAAGCCCUGAAAGAUCGGGGUUUGUUUGAAAAUACCCUAAUUCUGUUUACAACUGACAAUGGGGGCCUUAUCGACCUGUAUGGCAACAACUGGCCUCUGAGAGGAGGGAAGCGCACCAUCUGGGAGGGGGGCACGAGGGGGACAUCCUUCAUGUACGGUGCGGGGCUUCAGAAGAUAAAGACUACCUAUGAUGGAAUGAUCCACGCCGUUGACUGGAAACCCACCUUAGUGUCUGCUGCUGGGGGGAGUACAGAGACAACCAUUGAUGGAAUGAGUCACUGGGAUUCUGUUCGAUACGGCCUCCCUUCAUCAAGGACAGAGUUCAUCUACAACAUUGACGACUUUGAAGUUCCUAUUGAAGGACAUGCUGGCAUAAGAGUAGGGGACUACAAGCUGAUCCUCGGCUAUCCAGGACGUUCUGACGGUUGGGCCAAACCAAAAAACACAACAAAAGCUGACGCAACUGAAAAGACAAUUUAUAUCAAAGGAGAUGCGCCGGUCCAUCUCUUCAACAUUAGAGAGGAUCCAACUGAGCACAACGACCUCGCACAGCAGAUGCCGGACAUGGUGGCGAAGCUGCGUGCCCGGUUUGAAGAGUACAAGAAGACGAUGGUGCCAGCCAAUUACCCUAAACAGGAUCAUGCAGCGGACCCCAGAAAAUACGGGAACGUUUGGACCCCAGGGUGGUGCUAAUCAGAUGCACUCAAGUGAUGUUAUGGAUCAUCCUAAAACGGUGUAAACUGUUUUUGUCGUAUGUACAUGAUAAACUGUUAUAUUGUUACUCCAUGAAAAAACAAUUACGGUAAAUGUAUGAUUAAACAAUGAUGCUUA